ACCCCAAAGCUAAAUAUGUUUUAACUCAAAUAUGAGUUAAACAAAGUCAAAACAAAAUAUAAACUUUUGUAAUAUGGACUCUCACACACACUUGAAUGUGCUAGCUGUCACCAAGAAGGACUCCAUUGAAGAACAUGGUAAGGUGACGCCAGAGAAACAGGAAACAUUGAAGACAAGUAUUAUGGACUUGAUUAGUUUUUUUAUUGUGACAGUUGUUAUACUCCUUUUUUCUUGUCUUUCUCUUUAAGAAAAACAAAAUAAUACAGCGAAGGGGGAAAGAAAAGGCUGCAACAGUUUUAAAGACACUGAGAGGAUUGGAGGAGGAAGAAGAGAGUAUUAAAGGAAUGAGGAAGAGGAACAGCUCUUAACCUAAUUAAGUAAAUGCUUCUUUUAUUCCUUCUUGUUUGUUGAGUUGGCUUUGUCUGGUAGUGCUUCAAGGGAGUGAAAACAAUGGUGCUAAGGGUUGCCAUGUGAGCCAAAGAGAGAAAGAGACACAGAGCCUAUAUCAGGGAGUAAAUUGCUGAAGUGGAUUCAAACAAGCAAGCCAUGGAGUCUCCAAGGAACCAUGGAGUCUCUGAGGAGGAGGAGGAAUACAACAGUUGUGAGUCAGGGUGGACUAUGUACAUAGAAGACGCCUUCCAUGGAAAUGACCAUUCCUAUAUUGUUGCUGAUGAUGAAGACGAUGAUGAUGGUGUUGACAUUGAUGAUGAUUCAAAGGUAAAAGAGGCUGAUGAUGGUGGUGGUGAUGAGGAGAGUGAUGAUUCAAUGGCUUCUGAUGCAUCCUCAGGGCCUAGCAAUCAGCUCCCAAAGAACAUCAACAAAAAUGCAGCGAGGAAGAAUGUUUCUAAACAAGUCUGCAUUCAAAAAAGCCAACACGCAGAGAAAACAUUAAGCAACGAAGGAGAAAAGUCAGAGCUCAAAGCUAGAACAAGAACAAGUGCAGCUAGUCGUGUCCAGAGUAAAGGCAAGGUGAGCAAAACCAAAUAAAUACUCAUGAAGAAAAAGAGAAGAAGAUAUGAUGAUGGUUCACUUAGAAUCCAAAUCAUGUAAUGCAAAGAGAGGUUUCAAUAUCUCUCACCCAAGCCCUGUUGUUUGCCCUUAAUAAGCCAUGUGUGUAGGUAGUUGCAUUGUUUUUCUUUUUUUUUUUUCCAGCAUAUGUUCUUUUGUUUUUUGGUAGAUGCUGUCACGAAUAAGUUAUCUGCACGGUUCUCCGUUAGAACAUCUUGUUAUAUCAUAUGAACCCUGUUCUUCGUAUACUUCUUUCUUAACACA